AUGAACACCCCAACGGGGAUUAACCUACUCUUCGGAGCUUGCCUUGGCAGUUCGUCAGUGCUACAAAAGAAUAAGUGCCGAAUCGAGCAUGUCGACCACGACGACAAUCCCGUCUCGGAGGCUCUCUCGUACUCUUGGGGCGAUGCCAACGACAGGAGGGACGAGAGAUCCUCACCGACGUCAACCGGGUCAGCGUCACGGCGAAUCUGGAAGAAGCCCUGCGCUACCUGCGGUAAGAGCAUACACUACGGAUUGUAUCGCAUCCUUUGGGUCGACUGGCUCAAGAGCCGGCUAGGCGAGUCGACCGAGGCAUGUGGAGCCUUAGGAUACUCAACGGCAACCGAAGCCAUCACUCCCAGCAGCGCAUGCAGACAUCCCGCCGUUGAACGCUGGACCCUUCCCAAGUCUCGAUCGAGGCGCCUGACGGCUUCCCCAAGGACCAACCUAUGCCGCAUCAGCGGCAACCAGUUCCCAGCGGUCGCUUGGGACAAACCAGCCAUGACGCUGACUAUUCGCGGAUUGCGGCUCAGGAGGCUGCAAACCGUGACGGGGUAUGGAAGACGGCACUUCGCGCCGCCGAAGGGGCUCCGGCAUGAGCUGUUUGGCGCCGCCGAUGUCAUCGAGGAGGACGUGUCCGACUACCGGGGCCGUGGGUCUCCCGCCUCUGGGCCCUGUACUCCCGCGCCGCCGACGACCAGGUCCUCCUGA